AUAUAGUGAAUGCAGGAUCCAGGGAGAGCGGAUAUAGUGAAUGCAGGGUCCAGGGAGAGCGGAUAUAGUGAAUGCAGGGCCGGGGAGAUGGGAUAUAGUGAAUGCAGGGUCCGGGGAGAGCAGAUAUAGUGAAUGCAGGGUCCGGGGAGAGCGGAUAUAGUGAAUGCAGGGUCCGGGGAGAGCGGAUAUAGUGAAUGCAGGGUCCGGGGAGACCGGAUAUAGUGAAUGCGGGGGUCCGGGGAGAGCAGAUAUAGUGAAUGCAGGGUCCGGGGAGAGCGGAUAUAGUGAAUGCAGGGUCCGGGGAGAGCGGAUAUAGUGAAUGCAGGGUCCGGG